ACCGGGGAGGCGCGUCUGAAAGGAGUGCGGGGGCGGGGCUGAGAACUGCAGUUGCUAUUAAGAGUUUUGGCAAAUCGGCUCCCGGUUCCACUUCUCCUGGCCAAUAGGAAGUGGCCUAGCGCGCAGAGGCGGAAAGUGCGGCCACACGAACAGGCGUGGCGGCCAAUCAGCAGCCGGCCUCCGCUCCGCGCUCCAACCGGCGGGGAGAGCGGGCCCGAAGGAGGCCGUGGCAGCUGUCAGGCUAAAGUCCGGCGAGAGAUCGCCGUGGGACGGCGGCGGCGGGACGGGCCCCGGAGAUGAGCCGUGGCGCCGCGGGCUGGUGCUGUCUGGUGCUCUGGCUGCCCACGUGCGUCGCGGCCCACGGCUUACGCAUCCAUGACUACUUAUACUUCCAAGUGCUGAGUCCUGGGGAUAUUCGAUACAUCUUCACAGCCACACCUGCCAAGGACUUUGGUGGGAUAUUUCACACACGGUAUGAGCAGAUUCACCUCGUCCCUGCUGAACCUCCAGAGGCCUGCGGGGAACUCAGCAACGGCUUCUUCAUCCAGGACCAGAUCGCUCUGGUGGAAAGGGGGGGCUGCUCCUUCCUCUCUAAGACCAGGGUGGUACAGGAGCAUGGUGGGCGGGCUGUGAUCAUCUCGGACAAUGCAGUUGACAAUGACAGUUUCUACGUGGAGAUGAUCCAGGAUAGUACUCAACGCACAGCUGACAUUCCUGCCCUCUUCCUGCUCGGCCGAGAUGGCUACAUGAUCCGACGUUCUCUGGAACAGCAUGGGCUACCAUGGGCCAUCAUCUCUAUCCCAGUAAAUGUCACCAGUAUCCCUACCUUUGAGCUGCUGCAACCUCCGUGGACUUUCUGGUAGAAAAAAAGCUGACGCCAGGUUCCGGUGACAAGUGACUUGUGGGAAGAGGAAACCCAAGAUUCUGCUAUUUGGAGUUUGGAGAUAGAUUCUAAGGACAAGUGAGCCAGGGAGAGGGCAGGGAAGCCGUACUUCUGGCUUUCCCUUCCCUAGGGCCAGCAAGGACAUCUCGUGCUUCAGGAAGAGGCUUCUGUCUAGAGUUUGGUACAAAAGGUGCUGAAGGCAGGUGGCCCUGACACAUACCACUUGUUUUAGCUCCCAGCAGCCAGCACCUCCUCACAAUGAGCUUUGUAGCUGUUGCUGAAGUGGUUUAAAGAAGUGAUAUUUGGGGACUAAUAAGCCCCUACUUUUAGCAAUAAAACCAAAUAAAAGCUCA